UUGGCUGCCCUUGAUGGUCGUGGUCGAAGCUAGCAGACCAGAUAUUCCCAUCCCGAGAGAGAGCCCCUCCACCCCCUCCCCCAGAUUGCCAACAUGCCGGCUGGAGCUGCAGUGCAGCCACCAUCCUCAUCCUCGCGAGCCCAUCGACGGGAGUCAUACCGUAGCAAUAACCUCAAUGCCGGCGAGAAUCAACGCACUGAUGACAAUAUGCCAGCUUCCCGCGAGUCUGACUCUCGCCAUCGCAGGCGCCGCCGACGAGACGACUGGGUCCGCACCAGCAACGAGAACAUCUUGUACCGCCUGGACGCCCCUGUCGCCGACGCUUCCGCCGCUGCCGUCCCUGUAACUGCCGCAGACGACUCGGCUGACCCCGUCUCGCGCAUCCCAACGCCCCCCAUUGGGCCCCGAAGGACGCGGCCGCACUCCAUCCACGUCGUCAGCUAUCCCUCGGGCUACGUGCCUCGUGAGCUUCGGACCAGAACCUCCUCCCCUCGCUCGUCUAGGGCCCGGAUCGAAUCUGGCUCCAGCCCCGCGCCUAGCACUCCGAGAUCUUCGAGGCUUACAACAUCAGCCCACCCCAGCACCAGGACUGAGCUUCCCGUCCGCUUGGCCUUGACCCGAUUGUUCCAAUCACUGGCGAGCAACUCUGUAUCCUCAGUCGACGUUCCGCAACACAGCGCAUUCCCUUAGCCGAGCCAGUCAACCCCGUAGCAAUCACUCGCACCAUUCUCACGAGACAACCUCAUCGUCCUCUCGCAGGAGCCGUGAGCCAAAGCAGCAGCAACAUAAUCAAUCUUCAUCCACCAGAGAUCGUGACGCUGCUCACCACAAGCGAGAACAUCGAGACCGCCGAGAACACCGUG